UGUGGCGCUGCACUGCAGAGCCGAAAGUAACGGCCAUCUGCCAGAUAGAGAGAACCAACUGUGAAAGGAAUUCAUCAGCUCACACACACAUAUACACACACUCUCACACACAGGACGCAACGUUCCCAGAGUGAAGGGGGAAACCGUGGGGACCGGCGCAUUCGUGAGUACACAGCAAACUGAUAAAUCUGGACUGACCAUUCAGAAACGGCACCACUUAGUCCUGUGUCCCACCACAGCUUAAGGAAUAUCUAUUUUUAAUAUACAUACCUAUUUUCUGCUUGUAAGAACUCUUGAGAACUGUUUUUCUCCGAACCAUUCCAUUGUGGACUCCAGCAGAUGCAGAAAGUGGGAGUUUAAAAAAACUACUUUUUAUUUUAUUUUUAUAACGUGUUUACGCGCGUGUGUCUAGUGCACAGUGACUUUUUUUCCGAGCAGUAAUGCUCGUGUCUUGUGUGGAAAGUUUUAUUCUGGUCAUAUGUAACACAUGCUGCAUGCUGCAGUAACUUCAGUCGCGAGCAUCGCGAGCCUUCCUGCUCUCCUCCUGCAGAAAGCCUGGACUCGCUGUCCUUGCGUCAGUCGAGACGAAGAAGAAGGAUACAGGAAAAUAUCUACAUUUUUUUAAACAGACAACAAGAGAGCAACAACUCCAGAACAGGAGAGGAGAAAAUAAAAUGUUCCCCUGUGCUGCUUUCCUUCACAACCACUGACUGAAGGACAGUAAAUCAGAAGGCGCGAGCCGGUACAGAGGUGGAGGGAGGACAGGACCGGUUGGUGUCUCCAAAUUUCACCAGGGGGCUCGAGUUUCAGCCGGCCCUGGGCCGUGGUAUUAAAAAGUGAAUUUGACCUGGGAUAAAUUGUCAACAAGAAAAUCGGCAGAGGAGAACUGGCAGGUGUACAAGUUCAUUUGCGUGCAUACAUAUAUUAACACCGGCGCCGCUAUACAUAGUUGUUGUUUUAAGGACUAGCAGCUUAAUACGAAGUACCCCCUCAUCUAUACAACCUUACAACUCCACACACCGGGCACACAGACGUCCUCUUCGAAUCGAAGAAGCAAUCUACAUCCGCGAGGGCUGCCCAGUGUCCUGCCCGUUGUUGGUUUGGCUGUGAGGGCGGGAGUCGUCGCAUGGACUGACAUGGCCACCGACCUCGCCAUGAGCGCAGAGCUGCCCAAUAGCCCACUGGCCAUCGAGUACGUCAACGACUUCGACCUGAUGAAGUUCGAAGUAAAGAAGGAGCCUCCAGAAGCUGACCGUUACUGCCACCGCCUCCCCCCGGGAUCCCUCUCCUCCACCCCGAUUAGCACGCCCUGCUCCUCCGUGCCUUCCUCGCCCAGCUUCUGCGCCCCCAGCCCUGGUGGCCAGUCGAGCCAAAACCUGGCCAACGGCGUCAACAGCAACAACAGCGGCAGCAGCAACACCCAGAGCGUUGGCGGUAAGCCUCAGUUGGAGGACCUGUACUGGAUCCCCAGCUACCAGCACCACAUCAACCCCGAAGCCCUCAACCUGACCCCCGAAGAUGCGGUGGAGGCCCUCAUCGGCAACGCCCAUCACCACCAUCACCACCACCAGGGCUACGAGGGCUUCCGCGGCCAGCAGUAUGUAGGGGAGGAUCUAUCCGCGACCUCGGCCGGUCACCAUCACCAGGCCCACCAUCACCACCACCACCACGGACACCGCCUCGAGGACCGCUUCUCGGACGAGCAGCUGGUCAGCAUGACAGUGCGCGAGCUCAACCGGCAACUGAGGGGGUUCAGCAAAGAGGAGGUGAUCCGCCUAAAGCAGAAGAGACGCACGCUCAAGAACCGAGGUUACGCGCAGUCCUGCCGCUACAAGCGCGUGCAGCAGAGGCACAUGCUGGAGAGCGAGAAGUGCACGCUCCUGAGCCAGGUGGAACAGCUGAAGCAGGACGUUGCGCGCUUGGCCAAAGAGCGGGACCUCUACAAGGAGAAGUACGACAAGCUGGCGAGACGAAGCUACAACGGUUGCGGGCCCGGUAACAACAACAGAGACCCCUCCAACGGAAACCACGGGAAACUGACCUCCACGGAAUUCUUCAUGUAAGAGACUGAUUCGUGACAUGACUUUUGCCCCCUUCUUAAAACGUUUUUUUUUUUUUUGUUGUUGAAAUAUAUUAUUUAUAUUUUUCUGUUUGCAUUUUUUUGUUUACAGUUAUUCCUUUAGGAAAAACACUCAGUGUACAUUUUAAAAGUACAACAUAGCAUAAUGCUUCAUAUUUAAAGAAACAAGCAAGUUAGGUGCGCACAUAGGCUAAGUAGCCUAUUCUAUGUGCGCAGAUAUAAUUGUUCGAUAAGUCUUAAAGAUGCUCCUUGAAUGAACUUCAAUACACUAAGACCUCUUGAUCUAGACAUGGGAUCACAAAUUGUCAAAUCAAUAGACUGAUUCAUAUUUUAUGAUGCAAUAGAUCUCAGAGAAACCCUGAAUAACAUUUGGAGUCUUACUGAAACAUGUGAAUCAAACUUGGCAAAGUUGACCUACUGGACAGAAAAACCAAACUGAAUCCUUUUGUUUUUCUCAGACAUUAAAUCCGUACCUGUUUGUUUUGAUUCUUUAUAUGGGGUCUUAAAAGAGAGCCUUGAGCAUAUUGAAGCUUGUGGGACUCAAGGAAGAGAAACCGGUAUUUAUUUUAUCAUUGGGACUGAAUUGAAAUCAAAGUGAUCGAACCACGGAAAAAGCAAUACACCUUUGCAGCUCCUGCAAGACCCGUUGAUGCACCGGACUGUAAAGAUGGAGGGGACUCCCUGAUAUGGCCUUCCAUCCCCGUUAACGUAAAGGGAACAUUUGAAUAUUGCAAGUUUAGUUCCAUCCCUUUUAGCAACCCUGCAUGCAGGACAUGUAUGGUACGGUACCCCAAACCUCCAGUCAUCUAACACGAAAGCAUGGCCCAUGGUUCUUUCGUCCUGUCUUGGUACUUCCCUCUCCUCUCUCCUCCCUCUCUUCCUAGGUUAAGGCCAAGGACGCGUCUUAACCGAUAUUUUCAAUCGAUUUUUCUAUUGUUUUAAAACAAAACAAAAACAAAACAAAAAUAAAUGAUCAACUGAGCCAGAUAUUAGACUUUAUUUAUUCCCAAGUGUACAUAUGUGUAGAGAACAGUUUUUGUGUUAUUUGGUUACCUUACUUUUCAUAGCUUUUGUUGCUUGAUGAUGAAGCAGAACGUCUUAAAACAAUGUUACAGCAUGCAAAUAGUCUACGAUAUCCUUUUACUUCUACUGGACAUGUGGCCCAUAUGAUGUAAAUGAGAAGCCUAACUGCACUAAGAUAAGAAACAUUUUGGGGUAACAUUUUUUUUUUAUGGCGUAUUGAUAGUUAUGGUAAUAAGGUGGAUAUAGAAAUUCGAUGGGAGGUGAUUUACAUAAUAGCUACAAAUAUAAGGAUGGCAUUCGCUGCUAAAACUCUAUGCACCAACUUAACUAAACUCUUAAUUCAUGGAUUUUUUAAAAGUGUAUAAUAAUAAUAGAGGUGAUCUGGCGGCUUGUGAAUACUAAUUUAUUUUAUUUUUUUACCUUUAUUUAACUAGGCAAGUCAGUUAAGAACAAAUUCUUAUUUUCAAUGACGGCCUAGGAACAGUGGGUUAACUGCCUGUUCAGGGGCAGAACGACAGAUUUGUACCUUGUCAGCUCGGGGAUUUGAACUUGCAACCUUUCGGUUACUAGUCCAACGCUCUAACCACUAGGCUACCCUGCCGCCCCCAAACUAAUUCAUUAAGUCCGCAGUACGGUGUCUUAUAGCUCAAUAUAUCUUCUGUCUGGUCUGAUGUGUAGAGAGAUGGCUACAGAGGGCGCUUGUUUUUUGGCAUACAAAUUAGAAUAUUUUGAUCUGAGGGUAUGGUGCCGACUUAGACUAACUAAAAAAUCCUUACUCUCAUCAAGAAAUCCCUGGAUCGUGUGUUACCUGCUGCCUAGAUAUAUGAUGUGCAAUAUUGUGCAGAAGUUCUGAACCACCUUGUCAAUGCCGGUUGUUAGUGCAAGGCUGAUGGCGACCUGUGUAGGAAUACAGCCAGGUUGACACGACAAGGAUAAUUAUGAGAGGUGUUUGCAAGUCGAAUCAUAAUUAGGUGGAAUAGAGGUGUUGUUUUCUACCUCCCAACAUGCUGUACAGAAGAAGAUAAUGAGUUAUCUUGGAUAAUUGCAUAGAUUUUAAGUGAACUUCAUUGUGGUGCAAAUGCAAUUCGUCUUCACUUAACGAAAUAACUUAUUUUGGUACUUUUUCUGAUCUUAAACAUUUUACAAAAAUAUGUCCUAUUUUAGUGAAAAGUUAUUAUUGAUCGAUUAUCAAUCAAUCAAUUCAUUCAUCACUCAAUCAGACAAUAAAGCGGAGAGAUGUGUCAUUGGCCUCUGAGAUUUAACCUGUGUUUUUGGUGCUAAAAUUAUUUAGAAUUUUUAGAAUUCCAACGUGAAACAGGCCUAAACACCAGGAUCGUGGCAAGAUGGUGAAGUAUAUUCUGCACGGUGCUGUCGAUGCCGCGUUCACGUGAUAGUCGGAACUAGGAAACUCGGAAAUAUCCGACUUCCGAGUUUCUAGUUCCGACUAGUAUGUGAACGCUAUAUCUGUAGGCUAUAUAUGAUUUCUAUAUAUUUAUUCGAGAAACAUUUAAAUGUCCAAAGUGUGAAUAAGUCUUAACAAAGACAUGUUUCAAAAUGGAAUGUUGUUGAGAAUCUUGUUUUCGAAAUGUUUAAUAAAAAAUUAUGUUCAAAA